GCGGCCUCAGAAGGAAAUAGAUAUAGAACCUCUCACGCUUUUUUUCUUACACAUUUUGCAGGUUGUGAAUGCUUCCUCAUUGGCAGGAAGUGCAUCAACGUGACCUUUUAGUGGUGGUUUGCUGUAGCGAUUCUGCAGUGAAGGCCCUGCACCAACUUGCUCUUGUAUUUUCUGAUCUGAGUUACUUCCAACAGGUUGUUGGUUUAUAGCUCCCUUGGCCAGAAGGGCCCAUGGUUCCAGGAAGUCCCCGCGUGACGAACCCUACACACCCCUGCACAGCCAGUUUGGCAUGUACACACCUGUGGUGGUGAUCGAGGAAGUGUGAAUGUUAGUACCAGCUUCAGGAGUGUUUUGCGUCAGUAGUAAGUUAAUUAUUUCACAGGACAGUUUGUUUCGAGGCUCUUGAACCAAGUACAUGAUUGGAUAUAGUCUGUAGAAGUGUCUGAUGCCAGGACAGUCAGUGAUCCAGAAGAAGGGGCGGAUAUUGGUGCAAAAUAGAAGAAUUUAACCAUGGCUCCACAUCCUGUCACGCAAGCCAUCAUUGAUCUGUCAGCUGGAGCAUGUGGUGGGAUUGCGUGUGUGUUAAGCGGGCAGCCCUUCGAUACAGCCAAGGUGAAAAUGCAGACUUUCCCCAGCUUGUACAGAGGCUUUGUCCACUGCUUCGUCUCAUUCUACAAACAGGUUGGACUGCGAGGGCUCUAUCGGGGCACUACACCUGCCCUCAUAGCCAACAUUGCUGAAAACACUGUGCUCUUUAUGAGUUACAGCUUCUGCAAGAAUGUUGUCCGCUUUGUUUCGGGAUUGGACAAAUGCACAGAUCUCAGUGAUGUUCAGAAGGCCUGCUCAGGCUCUGUUGCUUCUGUCUUCUCCUCUUUGGCGUCAUGCCCCACUGAACUGGUUAAAUGUCGGCUGCAGGCCAUGCAUGAAAUGGAGGCAUCCGGCAAGAUCGCCAGUGGACAGAAAAGCACAGUGUGGUCUGUUGUGAGAAAUGUGUUAUGGACAAAUGGUCCUCUGGGUUUCUAUCAGGGUCUCACCACCACUAUAGUCCGUGAGAUACCUGGAUACUUCUGUUUCUUUGGAGGAUAUGAACUCAGCCGCUCAAUGUUUGCCCACCAAAUGAGCAGAGAUAAAGAGCACAUAGGUGUUGUGCCAUUGAUGUUCAGUGGUGGUUUUGGCGGUGCCUGUCUGUGGUUGGUUGUGUACCCCAUAGACUGUGUGAAGUCUCGCAUCCAGGUUCUGUCUUUAUCCGGGAAACAGGAAGGCUUCCUCAAGACUCUUAUGGAGAUUUUACGAAAUGAGGGAGUGGCGCCUCUGUAUUCCGGUUUGACCCCAACUAUGAUCCGAACAUUUCCUGCCAAUGGAGCGCUUUUUUUAGCAUAUGAAGUCAGCCGCAAGAUAAUGAUGCAACAGUUUGAACAAUGAGUCUAGUCUGCAAGAUUCUCUGAAAGAUUCAAUUUUUAAGACCAAUGACCUAUCAUCCAUGUCUGCUGGUCACAU